ACGUGUUCAUUUCAUUCUGAACUCUGUGCUUAUUUUCUAUUUUAAAGGUUAAGUCUAGAAUGAUGGGAGACUCAAUUUACAAGAGCACUUUGGAUUGCGUUUUCAAAACUUUAAAGACUGAGGGGCCUUUUGCUUUGUAUAAGGGGUUCCUUCCCAAUUUCACUCGACUAGGAUUAUGGAAUGCUAUCAUGUUCUUGACUCUUGAGCAUGUUAAGAGAUUCUUCAGAUGAGCCACAAGGAUUUGGCCUCUUGCCUGCUGCUUUGAUUAGGAGAACAUGUGCCCUUAUUCAUUCAUUGUAAAUCUCCAUAUAAAUUACCAGAUUCUUUCAUUGCAUUCAUAUUUCAAGUUGGAAAUUGCAAUUUCAAUCGAUGGAAAAGGAAGAAGGAAAAGAGGGCUCAGUCACUCCAAGGAAGACGAUUAAGGUGUCGGCUAGCUUCUUCAUUCCCUCUUUGUUGGUGGCCUUUAGCAAGGAGUUUGCUUGGGCGUUGUUCACAGCUUUCUCAACUUGCUUAGGAGGGAGAGGAGGCUGCCAAAUCAGACCUGGUCUUCGUCGUUUUCUUCUUGAUGAUCUUAGCCAAAGCUGGUGGCCUAUCUCCUCCUCUUGGUUGGUUAUCACUAGCUUGGAGGUUGCUUGGUCUUCACAUACCUCACUGUCCAAGCUAAUCUUCCCAACUUCCUCAAUUUGCAUAGCAUUGGAGAUGGUGCCAACCAGCAGAUCACCCUAUCCAUCCACAACAGGUUGUUCACCUUUCGAAGUCUUCUUUUUCUUCUUCCGGUUAGCUUCAGUAAUCAGCACAUUUACCCCUACCAAAAGCGUGGCAGCAGUCAAGGCAAGUGUGGUGGAUACGGCUGAUGCUGAGGGAGGCCAAACUGAGCCUACUGCCACGCCAUCGGCAGGGGGUAAGGACCUGGUCCCUGAAGCUAAGCGGAAGAAGAAAACCAAGCCUUUGAGAGGUGAUGAACCUUUUGUUGAUGGAACUGGUGCUACGCUCAAUGCCGCCCCCUCAACUUCUGCGCAAGUUGAGGAAAAGGAUGUGAGCAAGGCAGGAACUUCGGCUAAGAGUACCAAGAAAACCAACGCAAAAGCCAAAUCUGAUGUGCCAACCACCUCGGCCCCUAAACGAGUUGAGAAAGUUGUCCAAGCCAACUACUUGCUGCCGGCCACCAAAAAUGAGGCAAUAUCUUGUGCACGGCCUCUUGCCUUUGAAGUUGAAUUCUUUCAACUCUUCACGAAGUUGAAGAGUUAUUUAUUUACCACUUUUUGGACUCAACUCUUCCUCUUGAUCCUAACAUUUAGAGCUUUACUUUUCUUGCAGAUGUCGUACUCCAGACGAUCAAGGUACUCUCGUUCUCCUUCUUACAAGUAUAGCAGCAUAUCUGUCUCACGGUCGAUAUCCAUGUCCCCAUCUUUUUCAAGGAGCCAAUCAAGUAGCCAUUACUCGAGGGAUGUUGAAAAUCCUGGAAAUAACUUGUAUGUAACUGGACUUUCAAGCCGAGUGAGAGAGCAGGAUCUUGAAGAUCACUUCUCAUCCGAGGGAAAGGUUCAAGAUAUUCAUCUUGUUGUCGAUCCAUGGACCAGAGAGUCACGGGGAUUUGCUUUUGUGACGAUGUCCACGCUGGAAGAUGCCAAGCGGUGCAUCAAGUAUUUGAACCGUUCAGUACUUGAAGGUCGGAUUAUUACUGUUGAAAGGUUUUUGUGACAGCAAAUGUAGCAGCUCUUCGCCAAUGCCAAAUUAACAAAUCAAAGCAAACAGAUCGCAUAUAGUCAUCAGGGCUAGGAGGAGAAGAGGCCGCACACCAACACCUGGGAGGUAUCUUGGCAUGAGAACAGUUCGUGAUCGACGACGUUCCCCAAGUUCUGAAAGAAGUCGCUCUCUCUCAUCUGAGCGAAGCAGGAGCAGGAGCAGAUCAUACUC